AUGUCGUCUACUACUUUCAAUCGUCUUGUGCGGUUUGUACCCAAGUCAGACUCCACGAGUAUCCUAAUCGGUGAACCAUCACAAGAAGAUCUGGACAUCGGUCUUGCUACUCGUGAUGGGAAAGAUGUUACCGUCGCGGUAUUUACGGGAUCUUCUGUCCUGUCUCCAGGUACCCGAACAGACAGGACCGAAUCUAUCGAGAGGAUCUUGUCACCCUUGGCACAAGAGGAAGUCGGAACUAUUCGCUGCAUUGGAUUGAACUAUGUCCAACACGCGAAUGAAGUCAAAAUGGACAUCCCAAAGAUCCCAACUCUGUUCCUUAAGCCUAGCACAGCAUUGGGUGAUCCUUGGCCUGCUCCCACGUUACUACCUAAAAUCACCCAAAAUGAUGGGAGUGGUGAUUAUGAAUCAGAGCUGGCAGUAGUUAUUGGCAAAGCUGCCAAGAAUGUGUCUGAGGAGAAUGCCAUGGAUUACGUCUUGGGCUAUACAGCUGCCAACGAUGUCUCGAGCCGUGUCUCGCAGCUUAACCAGUCUCAGUGGUGCUUCUCCAAGGGUUUUGAUGGAGCAUGCCCUAUUGGGCCUGUUCUUGUCUCAACUUCAGCUGUUCCAGACCCUUCCAAGUUACACAUUCGUGGCUUGAAGAACGGAAAGGUUCUCCAAGACUGUUCUUUGGAUGAUCUUAUCUUCAGUGUCCCCAAGCUUGUCAGUUUCUUGUCACAAGGCACCACGCUUCCAGUCGGCACAGUAAUAGUUACGGGUACCCCUGCUGGAGUAGGAAUGGGCAAGAGUCCCAAAGAGAACCUGGAACAUGGUGACGAGUUCAAAGUUGAGAUUUUGCCGCACAUCGGAACACUGGUUAGCAAGUUUGAGAACGAAUAA